UUGCUUAGUUUUCCCCUUCCAUAAACGACACUUCUUUGUUCACUCUCUCUUCAAAACUUUUCUUUCUAUUUUUUUGUAGCCUCAAUUGGAUUUGGUUUUCAUUUCCAGCCAUGACCAACUCUAAACAAACUCAGCUCUUGACGUUUCUUUGCUGCUUUCUCAUCCUACUUCCUUCCCUAGUACGAGGAGACUGCACUUGCGAACCCGAAGAUGAAGAUCGGAAUAAGUCACUGGCGCUCAAAUACAAGAUGGCUGCUUUAGUUUCGAUUCUCGUUGCUGGAGCUAUUGGGGUUUGCUUUCCUCUGCUUGGGAAAACUAUCAAGGCUUUAAGUCCCGAAAAGAAUGUUUUCUUCUUGAUCAAAGCCUUUGCAGCCGGUGUCAUAUUGUCGACAGGGUUUAUCCAUGUUCUUCCUGAUGCUACUGAGAACUUGACAUCUCCUUGCCUCAAUGAAAAUCCUUGGGGGAAGUUUCCGUUCGCCGGAUUGGUGGCUAUGUCCUCUGCAAUUGCUACAUUGAUGGUUGAUAUGUUUGCGACUUCUCAUUACACUAAGUCUCACUUUAAUAAGACCCAACAGAGUGACGUUGGUGAUGAAGAGAAAACAGGGGAACAUGAAAAUCACGUACAUGUUCAUACUCAUGCAACUCAUGGCCAUGCUCAUGGUUCUGUUUCUAUGCUUGAGCGUUCAGUUUCAUCUGAGCUUCUUCGACACCGAGUAGUAUCUCAGGUUUUGGAGUUGGGAAUAGUGGUGCACUCAGUAAUAAUAGGGAUAUCUUUGGGUGCAUCUGAAAGUCCAAAGACUAUAAGACCUUUGGUGGCUGCACUCACCUUCCACCAGUUCUUUGAGGGCAUGGGACUUGGUGGAUGCAUUUCCCAGGCGAAAUUCAAGUCUCGAGCUGUUGCAAUUAUGGCGAUCUUUUUCUCUCUCACAACCCCAGUAGGAAUUGCUAUAGGAAUAGGCAUAUCAAAUAUAUACGAUGAGAACAGCCCAACUGCUCUUAUUGUUGAAGGGAUCUUCGACUCGGCAUCAGCUGGGAUCUUAAUAUAUAUGGCGCUUGUCGAUCUUCUGGCUGCUGAUUUCAUGAAUCCAAAGUUGCAAAACAAUGGAACACUUCAAGUAGGAGCAAGUGUUUGUCUUCUUCUUGGAUCUGGUCUUAUGUCUCUCCUGGCUAUUUGGGCUUGAAGUUCAAUUAUCGAAAUUAAUGGUAUUUGAUGUUAUAAUUUUGCAUAGAAUUCAAAAUUUUGUCCCCUGCAUAUCCUCUGUUUAUUUAAUUCUAAAGCAACUUCCUCACACAAGAAAGAAUUGAUAGUUUUUCAAGAAUAAAAAAGAAAAACACCAAAAAAAAGAAAAGAUAAUAUAAUAUUAUUUUGAAUAUGUAUCAGCCAACCAAUAUCAUCAAAGCGCAAUUUUGCCAUGUACAAAUUUAUUUAAUUUCUUUUUUUUUUGUCGAAAAUAUUUAAUUUCUUUUAUUUCUAUUUAAAAUGCUACUUAUUCAAUUGUUGUAUAAUAUGGUCAGAUCCAUAUAAUAAUAACAUACC